GGAUUUGAAACAAGUACACCAACCAGUAGACUGCAUGUGUAACUCACACUUCGUCAACAAUAGUCACUGUUGUUGCUGUUGGUGGUUUGAGUGUUUUUUCCUUUCUCACGUAGCGCUACACAUCUCUUUUAUUUUCCCACCGUUUGCGACGCCUCAACUUUCUGCGCCUCAGAGGAACCACGAUGCCCUGCACACUCAAUCGCGUGCAAGGCGGCCGCGCGCUCCUUCUGCUCAUCGCCCUUCUCCUCCUCUGCAUCGGUUGCUGCCUCGCCUCUUCACGCCAACCGCACGCCGACGACGACGCAGGCGCCACCCACCCCUUCUGUAAGGCGGAGUUCGCCAGCAGCUACUUCGCCUCCAUCGCCACGACGAUGCCCAUGGCGGAUAACUCGCCUGUGGCCCAAACCGGCCACCUCUACGUCGAUCAGGCCGCCGGCGCCGUGCGCAUCGACCAGUUUUUUCGCAAUCACCGCACGACGUUCUUGCUGGACAACCAACGACUGCGUGGGUUUUUAUUUUUUGGCGAGCGUGACUUUCAGCGAACGGCGACCACGCCAGUGGACGAUGCAAGCCGUGCAGACGACGGAGACGAGGGGGACGAGGUGCGACACCACUGUCACGUGUUUUAUUUACCGAGCAGGGUCGCACCGUUCUGUGUACCGCAGAGCUACACCGUGGACUCGCGCCCGUCGUUGGUGCGUGGGGUGGCCGCCUCGCGCUUUACGGGCAUGGAGGGCUACCCCGACUUGCCGCUGGUGGAGCAGAGCCUGUACGUGAUCAACAGUUCCGCUUCGAUUAAUCCCGAUGCGGAUGUUUGCGACGCACCCCCGCCCGUGUCGUUUAUUCCGUGGCGGUUGGAGUGCCGGGCGCGGCCGGAUCUCGAGCCGCACAAGAUCGCCGGGGCGCCGUACACCGCCCCCAACUGGCGCCUCUUCGGGCACCCCAUGUUCGACGAGCUCGUCCUCUCCGCUGCGCAGGAAACGCAGCUGCAGUUUUGGCAGCCCACCGUUGAUCUUCUGACGAUGGACUUCUACGACUACUACCCGACGGAGCACGAGGCGGACACGUUUGCGGUGCCUCCACAGUGCACAGCGGUGCUUCGUCACGACACGGCGAGUGGUGACGACACGACUGGCCGGCGUGCGCACGACGCCGCACCGCAGCUGCAGCUCGCCACUCUGCAGCGCUUCCUGCUACAGUGGAAUUUGUUGCGUAACGUGUCUGUCGCAAGUAUAUCAGGGGAGGGAAGUGCGCGCACAACGCUUGCGCACUAA